UCGCCAUUGGAGGCAGCCAAGCAGCUGUGUUUAUAAAUGAGCACCUCCCCUGCAACUGCAACUUCCAUUCCCAGUUUCAGCAUCAACACCUGAUCUUUAGUCUUUGCUCCGUUCUAUCUUGCUUGUCCCUUGCAAGUUUGAGUGUAGAAGGAGCGAGCUGAAGAGAGCUAGCUAGAUAGACAAGGGAGAGGACAGUUCUUGGCUUAUAUUUACAGGUUCUUCCACAUUUCAGCAGGCUUAGAGCAAGUUUGAGUUUGAGGAGAGAUGGGCAAGUUUGUGAGGCAAUGUGACAUGGAGGUCAUGAAGAUGGCCAUGCUCAAGCAUGAGGAGACCUUCAGGCAACAGGUUCACGAGCUGCACCGCCUGUACCGCAUCCAGACACAGCUCAUGGGGGCCGACCUCAGCACCCGCCGGCAGCCGCGGCGGCGCGGCAACAAGCAGCCACGCCGGGCGCUCAACCUGCAGCUCCCCGCCGACGAGUACAUCGUUGGCGCCGCCGACGAGGACGACGACGGCUGCGGCACCGGGGCUGAGCUGGAACUGACGCUCGCCGUGGGAGGGAGGAGGACCGGCUCCGGCACCGCCCGCAAGAACAACGUUAGCAAGAGAGGACAGGCCAAACACGACGGCGCCGGCGGCUUCUCCUCCCCCUUCGCUUCCGACUGCUCCGGGGGCACGAGCCUUUCGUCGUCGCCGCCGUCGUCGGCCGAGUACUCGGAGAGCGCCUUCGGGGUUGAGCUCCACGGCGGUUACCCGGGGGUGGCGGCACCGCCGCCGUGCCAGAGAGCCAUGACGUUCGACCUCGGCGUGGCGGAGGCGAUGAAGCAGCACCAGUCGCCCUGGCAGCUGGUGCAGUGCCAGUACCUCAGCCUCAGGAUGACAUGAACGAAUCAACUCCUUCGAAGCUCGUUGAUCAUAUAUAUCAUCAUCACCAUCCAAGCCAUGGCCAUGGCCAUGGCAUGAUCGCGUUGUACUACUUAGUAGCUUGUGUUGCAUUGUAGAAGCAAGUAGCCAUGAGUAUUCCUUAUCUUUUCUUUCCCUUUUUGCUGUUGCUUAGAUGUGUGCCAUUGAUGGAGCUCGGGGAGGACCGGGUUCUGAAUUCCGAUCCUCAUCCCAAGCUGCUGCUAAUUAGUUAAUCAUGACAAAUGAGUGCAUGCUGAUUGAUUAGUCAUCGAUGUUCAGAGCCGAGACUGGUGUGAAUUGAUGAA